UUGAUAAAUGGAGGAUUUGUGUUUGUCAAGGUAGUUUUGUUUACGCGUAAAUUUUCAUUCGGUAUCAACUCAUCGUGUGUUUUGUGUGUGCUAAGAGGUAGAUGAAGGUGCGUAACAGUUUCCUUCGGGUUUCGUAUUCUGUUUGAAAGGAUUUAAGAUGUCCCGCAAUCAUAAGGACAAAUAUGAAAACUCCAAUCAAGUCCUACCCAUACUCCCGCGUCGUACCCAUACCUUCAUGUCCACAGAGGACGCAAACUCUGGGAAGAAAUCUUAUUGGCCGGAGUUGGAGAUAACAGGCAGUAUAAGAAAUUUAAGCCCGAAUUUAUGGCAGUUGACGCAUUUGACAGCCUUGUAUCUCAAUGAUAAUAGUUUGCAAAGGAUACCACCUGAGAUUGGUCGUUUAGCCAACUUGCGUGCUUUAGAUCUCAGUAGCAAUAAAUUACGUAGUUUACCAGCUGAAUUGGGGGACCUCAUCUACCUUAGAGAAUUAUUGUUGAACCAAAAUUACCUCCGUGUGUUACCAUAUGAACUAGGAAAGUUGUUCCAGUUACAAGUGCUCGGACUUCAAGGGAAUCCGCUCAGUAAAGAAGUUAUGGCGCUAUACGGUGAACCAUCUGGAACUCACAAGCUGCUGUCGUACAUGCUGGACAACUUACAAGUGAAGGUCUACAUCUUGAAUUUAGUAUAUCAGUUAAUGAAAGGCCACAUGUAAGUGACCAUAUACUAAGAGACUACUAUAGACCCGAAGACAAAUUGUUUCAGCUGGUGUACGUGUGUCGAGUACACUUAACUUGCUAAACUACUUUCAUUUUUAUCGAACGAGGUUACAUAGAUGAUGAAGCGGAAUGAAUAUACAUGUGUCUGACCUUGGACUUGGUAGUCCUCAUUCUUUCAACGC